AUGCUUGUGGUCGUAUUUUUCAUGAAUGAAAUGUUUCCAGAUAUGAGUGCAACAACUCCAAUGAGAAGAAAAAGAGCAACAAACUUACGACAAGGAGAAGACGAUGAUUCCGGUGAACUGGUGAGAAAGAGAAAUGCUCGAAUGGCCGUGUUCUCUGCACUGGUUGACUGUACGCCAUCCACAUCCACCAACAACAACAACAACAGAAAUUACCACGAAGAAGACGAAGAAGACGAUGAAUCGCGAACGACACUAUUGAAAUCGAUGAGCCUCAAAAGCUUUCUGAAGCUGAAGUGUGACCAAAUGGAUGUGCAACGUCCUUAG